UUCCGUUUUAUUCCAUUCGAGCUCCACAAUUUGAAACGAGAUGAACCCGAAAUCAAUAUCCAUUUACGAAUGGUGAUGGUGCAGGUGCUUGGUCAAAGUCACACAUUCCUAAAUUAGUUGCAAAUAAACGGGGUUUCGCCAAAUCCAUGGAGCCAAUUUUUUGCUAAGUUGUAACCAUUUCUACAACUGUAUCGAAUUUUAUAAUAUACAUACAUUUUUGCGUAAUUUUUUGUGUUUCGGAAUCCGAUGAAGGCGCAAGAACUUGCUGCAUUGGAAGCAGAUUUGAACAGGAGAGAAACGGACAUUCGACGUAGGGAAGAAGCUGUUUCAGGGGCUGUAGUUCGGACGGAUAAACGAAAUUGGCCCCCGUGUUUCCCCAUUAUUCACCACGACAUAGCCAAAGAAAUCCCGAUUCAUGCUCAGAAGCUGCAGUAUCUCGCCUUUCUAACUUGGCUAGGCAUUGUUCUUUGCCUCGUGUUCAAUGUUGUCGCCAUCACUGUUUGUUGGAUAAAGGGCGGCGGGGUCAAGAUUUUCUUCCUUGCAAUAAUCUAUGCCUUCAUCGGAUGCCCGCUUUCGUACGUACUAUGGUACAAACCUUUGUAUAACGCGAUGAGGACUGAUAGUGCCUUGAGAUUCGGCUGGUUUUUCAUGUUCUAUUUGCUUCAUAUUGCUUUUUGCAUAUUCGCUGCAAUUGCACCGCCGGUUAUCUUUCGCGGAAAAUCAUUAACGGGCAUCCUUGCUGCAAUUGAUGUCUUCUCCGACAGUGCGUUUGUCGGGAUAUUUUACUUGGUUGGAUUUGGAUUGUUCUGUUUGGAAUCGCUGUUGAGCUUCUGGGUACUCCAGAAAAUAUAUUCGUUUAUUCGGGGGAACAAGUAAUUCUGCAAAUUUCAUUGAGAUGAGUUGCCCAAGUACAUAUUUUUCCCCUCGAGUGAGUUUGCGUGAAGUUAUUCGUUUUUUUAGGUGAUUUUUUGUUUUGAUGAUUCAUUUUAUUUAAUAUGUUAAUUAUCAUAGGGUGGCUGAAUUGUGCAUUAUAAUUUCUCUUUGGGUAAUGUAUUGAUAUAUUUUUUUCUUAGUAAUUAGGAUUUGUUACUUAA